AUGGCCGCCGCGUACGAUAUCCAGACCUUCCUCCUCGACCGGGCCAACAUCCACGACACCGUGAUACGACUGGGCCUCAACUCGGACCUGAACUCGACCGAGGGCUACGUCCGGGACGUGUACGCGCCCGAGGUCGUCAUCGACUACACGUCGCUGUUCGGGGGGGCGCCGCUGCGCACGACGGCCCGCGCGUGGGCCGAGAUGCUGCAGCCGAUGCUCGGCGCGUACGACGCGCGCCACCACGUCGUGUCCGGCGUCCUGAUCGAGCUCCCGCAGCCGGCGCCCGGCGUCGCGCGGCCGGACCGGUGCGCCGCCACCGCCAACGUCUCGGGCCACAUGGUGCGGCGCACGGCGCGCGGCGGGCCCAUCAUGCACAACGGGGGCCGCUACGCGCUCGAGCUCGUCCGGCUCCCCGAGCUCGAGGCCCGCGGGCUCAACCCCUGGCGGAUCAGCAGCCACGCUACUACGCUCGCCUGGGAGGACGGCAGCACCGAUGUGAUGGCGGCUGUCUCCGGCAUCGGUCACUAA